AGUUGAUUAAAACGAUUAAAAUAAGUGCUAGGACGUUACUGUAAUGUCCUUAUGUUUGUUUAUUUCAAUAUAAUAGCAACUAAAAUGAAAGCGUUAGCAUUCCCCUAGUUUGCUCAUUUGACAAAUGACUUAACAUUUAAAAUAAAUAGAUAAAUGGUGUUAAAGGUUUCGAACACAAUUACUACCUCAAAAAGGUUAGGUGUAUUGAAAAUCGCAGUAAAUUAUAUGUAUAAUACAUAAACAAUUUUGUUUUUCUUAAUGAAGGUCGAGAUCAAUUAUGAAAAUAAGCAAUGGAAUGAGUGGGUAGAUAUCGUUAUUUUGAUAUGAUGGGCAGUUUAUUUUCAAAGAUUGUGAAGUAUUUGGUCAGAUAUUGAUCAGUUGUUCUAAGAAAUGUAGUAAAAGAAUUCUUCUGCAGAAAGAAUUUUUUGACUCAGAAAAUCAUAAUUCAAGGGAAUAACCAAUUGAAUAUUUGAAUUUUGCAAUUGAUGACUUCUUUAGGCGAACCUUCUAUUAAAAGUAGUUUGUGAUAGUGUAAUCAUUAUUAAUAGAUUUAUUUUUAAAGGUUGAUUAAAUAGAAUAAGGAAAUAUAAUGGGAAGGGUGCCAAGAAAAAAUUGA